AUGGCAAAAGAGUGGGGAGUUUUCUUCAUGUCCGGCUUCAUAUGUGCUAGUUCCCAGUAUAUUUUUUUGAAUGAACGAAAUGACUGCAGCAGUAAAGAAGAGAAUACUGAAACAAUUUCUACACUCCUGGACGAGCUAAGAAAGAAUCAGCGAGAAGUACAUCAACUACGACUAGAAAGCUUUGAAGUCCGAGAUAUGCAGACCAAUCUAACUUUAUUUAGUAGGCUUCAGCAUGAAGUAGAUGAUCUAAAGAGGGAAAAUGUGAAACUCACAGAUUUGGUCACCAACCUUACCUCAGCAAGUAAUAUUCAACAAGACGUAAAUGAACUAAGGAAGGAAAAUAUGGAGCUAAAAUAUUUGGUGACCAACCUUACUACGACAAGUAAACUUCAACAACAAGAGGUACAUGAACAAAAAAUGGAAAAUGUGGAACUCAGAGAUUUGGUUACCAACCUUACGACGACAAGUAAACUUCAAAAACAAGACGUACAUGAACUAAGGAAGGAAAAUGUGGAACUCAGAGAUUUAGUGACCAACCUUACGACGACAAGUAAACUUCAACAACAAGAUGUACAGGAAGUAAUGAAGGAAAAUGUUGAAAUCAGAGAAUCGGUGACCAACCUUACGACGACAAGUAAACUUCAACAACAAGACGUACAGGAAGUAAUGAAGGAAAAUGUGGAGCUCAGAUAUUCGGUGACCAACCUUACGGUGACAAGUAAACUUCAACUACAAGACGUACAUGAACUAAGGAAGGAAAAUGUCGAACUCAGAGAUUGGGUGACCAACCUUACGGCGACAAGUAAACUUCAACUACAAGACGUACAUGAACUAAGGAAAGAAAAUGUGGAACUCAUCGGUUUGAUGACCAACCUUACGAGGUUAAGUAAACUUCAACUACAAGACGUACAUGAACUGAGGAAAGAAAAUGUGGAACUCAGAGAUUUGGUGACCAACCUUACGGCGACAAGUAAACUUCAACAACAAGACGUAAAUGAACUAGGGAAGGAAAAUGUGGAGCUCAGAGAUUUGGUGACCAACCUUACGACGACAAGUAAACUUCAACAACAAUACGUAGAUGAACUGCGGCGGGGUUAUGGGGAAAUUAAGGAAUUGCUGACCAACCUGACCUCAAACAGUUCAAAACUAAAUAAAGACUGUAAGGACCUUUAUGUAAAUGGACAAACACAAUCUGGUAUUUAUGAAAUAAAUCCCUUUGGAAACAAUACCCAGGUCAGCGUGUUCUGCGACAUGGUAACAGAAGGCGGAGGGUGGACAGCAAUCCAGAAACGAAUGAGUGGGGCUGUGACUUUUAACAAAAUAUGGGCGGAGUAUAAAAAAGGUUUCGGGAAUCCUUAUGGCACGUAUUGGAUUGGCAAUGACGUGAUUCAUCAGCUUACAAAGGGAAGGAACCCUUUCCUCUACGUCUCUAUCACACUGACUAAUGGGACAAAGCUCUAUGAAUUAUACAACCAAUUCUCUGUUGCUGAUGAAACCAACAAAUACAGACUUUUCCUUGGAGGACCAGCUACCGGGACCCUGGGUGACAUGAUGCUGAACACUGGUGAUUCUCGUUCCAAUCUGUCAGGGAUGUACUUUAGUACCCCGGACAGAGAUAAUGACGUGUCUAGUGGAUAUAACUGUGCAGCUCAAUAUGGAGGAGGCUGGUGGUUUAACCACUGUUAUGAUGCUCAUCUCAAUGGUCCCUGGAACUAUUCAACGUGGUACAAUCCUUGGCACCCUGUAGUUAGUUUCGGGACAGAACUAAAGGAAACAAUGAUGAUGAUAAAGCCUCAUUAG